AACGGCAUUGGAGAACCAUCAUUCACAAACCACAAGCACAUUCUCAAUGGCUUCCAAUAAUAUGACUUUGAUGACAUUCUUCCUCAUCAUCUCCCUCGCUUUUUUCAUCCUCCCUCAAACCCAAGCCAGAGUACUACUGUCCGAAACGCAAGCAACUCCGGCCACCGGCUUCCUCUUUCCGAAAGCUGAGUCCACAGUUCUCCCUGACCCUUCACCAUUCUUUGCCCCAAGCCUCCUCCAAACCCCACUCCCCACAAACUCUUUCUUCCAAAACUUUGUACUCAACAAUGGCGACCAGCCCGAAUAUUUCCACCCCUACCAUUUCAGAUCCUCCAACUCCUCCCUCUCUCUCUCCUACCCGACUCGCCUUGCCACCUCCGCUUCCAUAUCCCAGAACUUCACCCCUGAACUCACCAUCUCCGCCACCCAAAACAACCAAGAACGCCAUGUAGUCUCUUCCUUCAGUGACCUCGGCGUCACUCUAGACUUCCCCUCCUCCAAUCUCCGCUUCUUCCUCGUCAAGGGAAGCCCCUACUUGACAUGCAAUGUGUCUAAUCCCACCGCGCUUUCCAUCUCCACCGCUAGUUCAAUCACUUCUUUGUUUCCAAACGCUCAACGCAACAAGUACACAUUAAAGCUCGACAACAGUCAGACAAUGCUGGUGUACUCGUCCUCUCCGAUUGGUCUCACCAUCAGCAACCCAUCACUGAUCACUUCCGACGCAUUCACCGGGGUUAUAAGGGUUGCAUUGUUGCCGCCGGGCUCUCAAGAUCUCGAGGCAGUUCUAGACCAGUUCAGUUCUUCUUACCCGGUUUCGGGCGAGGCAGUGUUCACAGGGCCGUUUACAUUGGAGUAUAGAUGGGUGAAAGAAGGAAAUGGAGAUUUGCUUAUGCUAGCUCAUCCUCUCCAUCAACAACUUCUGUCUGUUCAGGACAGUAAUGCCACUGUUCUUGACUAUCUCAAGUACAGAAGCAUUGAUGGUGAUCUCCUAGGCAUUGUGGGAAACUCUUGGGUGUUGAAAACACAGCCUAUUCCAGUCUCUUGGCAUUCGAUUACAGGUGUCAAGGACUUAGUACAGGCAUUACCUGAAAUAAAAGCCGCUCUUUCUGGUGACGUUCAGGCUCUAAUUUCGACACCAGUAUCAACAACAGCUUCUUAUGAAUAUGGAAAAUUGAUUGCCAAGGCGGCAAGGCUGGCUUUGAUUGGUGAAGAGGUGGGUGUUAAAGAUAUUCCAGCCAUUACAAAGUUUUUGAAGGAUGCAAUUGAGCCAUGGUUGAGUGGGACUUUCAGUGGGAAUGGUUUCUUGUAUGAAGGUAAAUGGGGUGGACUUGUAACGAAAAAUGGAGCAGUUGAUAAAGGUGCAGAUUACGGGUUUGGAGUGUAUAAUGAUCACCAUUUCCAUCUUGGCUACUUUCUCUAUGCAAUUUCAGUAGUUGCAAAGCUUGAUGUGGAUUGGGGGAUGAAGUUUAAGGAUCAAGCUUAUGCUCUUGCUGGGGAUUUCAUGAACUUAAACAGGCAGCCAGAUUCAAGUUACCCGCGGUUGAGGAACUUUGAUCUCUACAAUUUGCAUUCAUGGGCUGGAGGGUUAACUGUAUUUGCAGAUGGACGAAAUCAAGAGAGCACAAGUGAGGCAGUGAAUGCUUACUACUCGGCUGCAUUGAUGGGGUUAGCCUAUAGAGACACUAAUCUCACCGACACAGCAUCAUUGCUUGCAGCACUGGAGAUUCAGGCAGCUCAAAAGUGGUGGCAUGUGCACCAAGGAGAUAACAUCUAUGAGGAUGUCUUCGCAAGUCAGAAUAAGAUCACUGGAAUUGUGUGGUCUAAUAAGAGGGAUACCGGUCUUUGGUUUGCUUCAGCAGAGUCGAAAGAAAUCAGGCUUGGAAUUCAGGUGCUGCCGAUUUCCCCUAUCACUGAGGUCUUGUUCUCCAAUGCCAGCUAUGUUAGGGAGGUUGUAGAUUGGACAAUACCAGCUCUGAAUAGGGAGGGAGUUACGGAUGCAUGGAGAGGGUUUGCUUAUGCCUUGGAAGGGACAUACAACAAGGAAGAGGCUUUGCAGAAGGUUAAAAACUUGAAAGGUUUUGAUGAUGGGAACUCACUUUCGAAUCUCUUAUGGUGGAUCCACAGCAGAGGCUAGGAAGUAGAAGAUUGGAGUUAGAACUAAUGCUUAGAUGGCUAGAAAGUAGUUUCUUAGGGCUUAUGAACUUGUUUUAGGAUUUGGUCAACUUAAUGAAAAAGAGGUGGUAAGUUGAUCACAAUAUAAUAACCAGGGUGUUAUCUGUAUGUUUGUGCCGUAAUAUUGUAGCUUAUC